GAUGAGCAAAUGAACAAAGGGGAACAACGCGGGCUGCUGUCAAUUGUAUUUGUUAUGGUGGUUGUGCUUUGUCGGCACUGACUUGCGGGUUCUUGCUUUUUGUUAUUCACUUUGAUCAAUCAGCUGAAGAGGGGGGAGCCCAGUUUGCUUUUCUUUAGUUGGAGUCCUGUUGCAUCUCUCUCCAGGUUGAUGUCAGCUCGGUUCUGCGAAUCCGUGUCCUGGGAAUCGUUCCGCGAUCAUUUUGUAUAGCCCCUUUUGGUUAUCCACCUCUCCGAGUUGUGCCAAAGAUGAGGAAUCUGAGCCUUGAGUUGAUCCUCUCAUGCUCAUACCUCUUCUGCUUGAUUUGUGUAGCUUCAGGAUUUGUUCCUGUGGAUAAUUAUCUGAUAGAUUGUGGAUCCCCCAGGAAUUCAUCCAUAGGUAAUCGCACCUUUUUGGCUGAUAACUUCUACUCCGACAUACUUUCGACUACGCAAAACAUUCUCGCUAGCACGAACGUGAGUUCUCUCUCAUCCUCUUAUGAUUCGACUCUGUAUCUGACCGCAAGGAUCUUCGACCAAGCCUCCCGUUACACGUUUCCGAUAAAGGAAAAGGGCAGGCACUUGAUUCGCCUCUAUUUCUUCCCUUUUGUCUUUGGAGAGUACAAUCUGAGCACGGCCAAAUUCUCCGUCCACGCACAGAAUUUCACCCUUCUCAAGGAUUACCAGUUAGACAAGGGCUCGGUUGUAAAGGAAUAUUCAUUCAACAUCACCACUAAUCAGCUCGUUCUUACUUUCAUGCCCAAUAGCGGUUCUUUUGCCUUCGUGAAUGCUUUGGAAGUCAUUUCUCUCCCGAUUGAGCUGAUUCCUGACAGUGCCGGUGUCGUCGAAACGCCUGGAGUCAAGCACAAUCUGCAGAAUCAGGCACUAGAGACUGUUUUGAGAGUGAACAUGGGCAAUGAAACUGUGCAUCCGCAGAAGGAUACGUUGUGGCGUCUUUGGGUCUCGGAUGACACGUUUUUGAAGCACAGCGCGGUAUCAACUGUGUCGAACAUUGAUGCUGUCACCUAUAAGAAUGGGCAUGUUACUGAGAACAUUGCUCCUGCUUCGGUCUAUGGGACAGCCACCAAGUUGGAUUCGGACCGUGACCCUCGCCUUAACGCCAAUUUAACUUGGCUCUUCAGUGUCGAUGCUGGAUUCGACUAUCUAGUCCGAUUCCACUUCUGCGACAUUGUGAAUUCUUCUCUUGGGCCGUUCUUUUUCAAUGUCUACAUCAAUUCCUGGUUUGCCUACGCAAAUUUCGAUCUCAGCACACUGACAUCCAACAUCAUCGGCACCCCGUAUUUUUUUGAUGUGAUUACAAGUUCCAUCAGUAGUAGUGCAAUGAGUGUUAGUGUUGGCCCUUCUUCUGAGAGUAGUUACUACCCCAUGGCCAUCCUCAACGGGCUAGAGAUCAUGAAGAUAAGUAAUUCUCAGGGGAGUCUUGAAACUUCAGAUUCCGAGAACGGUUCUUCAAAGACAAAUUCGAGAAGCAAAAUCAUUCUGAUCACCGGCUUGUCCGGCGGGAUUUCCAUCCUUCUUGUCUUCGUUUUAGUGCUCUUCUUAGUCUGCAGAAGAAGGAGAAAGCUAGCAGUUGUGGGUCACUCAAAGGAGGAGGACAAUUUUGUCAUGAACAUGAACCAGACAGGAGAUACGCACUCGAACGGCUUGGCAGUAUUUUCCACCUCAAAGUUCCGUUAUCGCUACCCAUUCACAGCGAUUGAAGAGGCUACAAAUAAUUUUAGCGAAGAUUUGAUUAUAGGAACAGGAGGUUUCGGCAAGGUCUACAAGGGAAUUUUCAGAGAUGGGACUAAGGUGGCAGUGAAGAGGGGGCAAUCUAAGUCGCGACAGGGCCUGACGGAGUUCCGUACAGAAAUCGAGAUGUUGUCUCAGUUUCGUCACCGCCAUCUGGUGUCGCUGAUUGGGUAUUGCGACGAACGGAACGAGAUGAUCAUUAUCUAUGAAUUCAUGGAAAAUGGGACCCUUAAGAGUCAUCUGUACUGUUCGGAUCUUCCUGUGCUGAGUUGGAAGCAACGGCUGGAGAUUUGCAUUGGGUCAGCUAAAGGAAUUCACUACCUUCACACCGGCUACACAAAGGCAAUCAUCCAUCGUGAUGUCAAGUCGGCAAAUAUCCUAUUGGAUGAGAAUUUGAUGGCUAAGGUUGCUGAUUUCGGGCUCUCAAAGAGCGGUCCUGAGAUAGACCAGACACAUGUGAGCACAGCUGUGAAAGGGAGCUUCGGAUAUCUGGAUCCUGAAUACCUGACCAGGCAACAGCUCACGGAAAAAUCAGAUGUCUACUCAUUCGGGGUCGUGAUGCUUGAAAUCCUUUGUGGUAGAGCAGUUAUCGAUCCAUCGCUUCCUAGAGAAAAGGUGAAUUUAGUAGAGUGGGCGAUGAAGUGGCGAGAAAGAGGGCGGAUCCAAGAAUCUAUAGACACUUAUCUUGUGGAUCAAGCAAGUGAAGAGUCCCUCUGGAAGUUCAUGGAGAUUGCUGAAAAGUGCUUAGCCAAAAGUGGUCUCAAUCGGCCUUCGAUGGGAGAUGUGUUGUGGAACCUGGGGAGUGCACUUCAACUCCAAGUAAAGGAAGAGAAACAAAGCGACGAAGAUGGGCUAGUCCCAAAAGCAGAUUGGGUCGGUUAUCAGGAGACUACUACUAGUGCAUCGACCACUCAAUUUAGCAGGGGAAGCCUAGGCAAUCUCGCGGGAGUCUCGAUGAGCAAAGUUUUCGCUAAUAUGGUGAAAGAGGAAAUGAGGUAGACCCUGGGUGCGAACCUUCUACCAGGUCUGCUUCAAAUGGAGCCUCUGAUGUGCAGCAGCAUUCCAGAUUUGGAUGCUAGUGUCAACAUGACAUUUCACUUCACGAAUUAUACAAAUAUGAGCAUCAUUUGUAAUAGACGUUGGACAUAGUACUCUCCUUUAGGUGCAAUCUUUGUUUUUUUCCAAAUUUUUUCCAGAAAAUUUCAGCUUCAGGAUACCCUUUUCUUCUUGUAUGAAUAGAGGAAAAGAACACUGGUGAUGGGUUUUGCCAACCUGGAAGUUAGGAAUUCAAAUCAGAAGGCCAGGUUCAUCUUCUAGUAACAAAGAAGACCAAAAGAUGAAGUAAAGCCCAUAUCAGUUCGCCUUGCAGCAAGCGCGAAUAUGAUGCCAUUGCGGACGCAAGAGGAGAGGAAAUUGCCAGGCGAAUGGCGCAUCAGGCGCUCAGGAACUUUGUAAUACUUGUUAGGAAAUUCGGAAUGGUUGAAAGUAGUCGGAUUUCGGUCGUGUAUUACAUGAAGAGAUUGUUGCAUUACCAAGGGAAGGCUUCAAUUUCUCCUCUUUCAAUUUCCUUAUAGUGAAUUUCACUUUAGGCAGCAGGUAAUCUUAAGCUCCGUCUUUGACUUCUGCAACUUCAGGAUGAGUGAUCUGAAACCCAAAAGCAAGCCAUUGCAGCAGUUACUGCAAAGAGGAAAGGUGGAGCUCACUGCAAAUUUGAACCAACCAUCCAUUUCGAUUUCUUCAAUUCAUUACUGCAGUUAGGAUUAGAUUUCCUUGCUCAAAUGCCCAUUUAACUAGUGAGGGAGAAGAAUGUGCUUGAAUCGAGUACAGCGGAUCUUCUUCCGGAUUAGAAUCAAGCAAGAACAACAUCACCAGAAAUCAGAAAAUGCCGUGAAAUGAAGCUUUUUAAGCUUAAGGGAAAGUUUACAGUACACACACAGAACUAUGGACAAACAGUAUCUCUCAAAUCCCACCCAUUCCAAUUCCAUUCAAAGAUCCUUUCUUUACAAGAUUACCCUUCAAAAAACAAGAAUCCAAUCCCCACCGAAACCCUAAUUUCACUCCCAAUCUACAGCCUAAAGAGAAAACUUCCC